GAGUCACCUUUAGGGCCUCAAAACAGCUCCGUUUUGACAUGUUUUGAAACAGGAGAGGACAAAAAUAAAACUGUGGAGAAAAUAAUCCGAAAUUCAUGGUCACGUGCCCUCGUGGCAGGAAACCCCGCAUGAUUGACAGCUUGGGGACGUUUAAUUCCCUGUGGGCGGGGCCACGAGACGCGCGCCGGGCUGUGAUUGGCUGGAAGUGAGAUAAGAGUGGGGUGAUUACGUAAUAAGUAUUUAGGAUCAGCUGGUCCAAAACCGCGUAGUCCGCAGAAAUCACUGCCGAGUAGUGCGUGUUGUUUGGUUGGUAGUACUUGAACUCAAAAACUGCUGGGCAAAAAAAUCACGCAAGUUUUGCAAGCGUGGGGACAUAACCAGGACACUGCGAAGAUGAACCCGACCAUCGGAGUGAUGUCGAACGCGCUGCGGAGGAUACCCGACCCGCAGCAGGACAGCCAGCCCUACAAGUGGCUGGAGAAGACGAAGUCGGACGGGGCCUCGGGGCGCACCCGGCGGGAGCAGCGGAUCCGCCGCCCGAUGAACGCCUUCAUGGUGUGGGCCCGCACCGAGAGGAAGCGAUUGGCCCACGAAAAGCCUGACCUCCACAACGCCGAACUCAGCAAGAUCCUUGGUAAAACUUGGCGCAGUCUGACGACGUCACAGAAGCAGCCAUACGUUGAAGAGGCAGAAAGGAUCAGAGUUCAGCACAUGCAGGACCAUCCCGACUACAAGUACCGGCCGCGCAGGCGAAAACAGGCCAAGCGUGUGUGCAAGAGAGUGGAUACGGGACUGACGCUGUCUGGGCUUGCGCACAAGUUCGGGCUGUCUCCACCCCCAUCGUCAUCCUCAUCGACCAGCGGACCGACGACCCAGAGUAGCCUGGGGACCCCAGACUCCACUCCCACCAGCAGCCCCACGCCUGACGCGGUGAGCGUCAAGUCCGAGCCCGGUGCCUGCGCCGACUCGCCGCCCUGCGUGGAGUCCGUCUCACCUCUCCAGAACCUGGCCAAGCUCACCUCCAACACCUCACGAUUUCCAGCUGAUAAGAGGCUCCUGUCCAACGACUGCCUUCCUGGCGGGCUGCCGACCCCGGAGAUGUCUCCUCUAGACGCUCGGGACGACGACGUGUUCUUCCCGCCGGACUUCAAGUGGGACAUGGGCCGUGUGGGCAGGGAGGCGACCGUCAGACCUGCAGACCGUCCGUCCACCAGCGGGACCCUGCCGCCCACCACCCUGACGCUACCAAAGCCUGCCAAAGUUCAACGCAGCCUGUCUGUUGCGCAUGCAGAGCAGACAGCCGCCAACGCCAGGUGUCCGACCCCAACGCGCGCGCGCAGCUCCUCCACCGGAGACUUCCCCGCCACAUCCACGGUAGCGUCCUCCAUCUCCAUGUCGUCAGGUGUCGUCACACAGUCCGCUGCCAAACCGCCACCCCAGUACCGUAGUGAGCUUCACGCGCUGGUCAGCAGCCCGUACCCCGUGUCUAUGUGGUAUAACAACAGCGGCGACUUCACGAACUCGGACAAUACCACCUUUCAGUACCCAUCCAACAUUCCUGCCACGGCAAACAACUCUUCUGCAUACCCAGCUGCUGAGAACUUGACUCGGUCGACGUCGGCGAGCGGAAUGUCGUCACGGGCAACGACGACGGGAGUCAACGCCGCGAUGCACUCGAUCAAGUACCAGACCACGGCCUCUUUGAUGACGACGGCGUCGACCGGGAGCUACCAGCAGCAGAACGGCUCUGUCCUGCACCACGCGCCUUCCCCCGAGACGUACCACCCCUCGGCCGGUCAGAUGGCCCACGCUGACGUCCCCAACACAGACUUGUCGUGUCUAUCUCAGGAAGAGCUGUUAGACGAAGUAGAUCGCGCCGAGUUCGACCAGUACUUGAACAGUUACUUGAACAACGAGAACGCCUUGAACGCCUUCAGCAUAACCCCGGAGCAGCACUUCGGCUUGUCGAACAAUCCGAACUUCAGCAUGUCGCAGGGUUAUGGACUAAACGACUUUCAGGAGACCACUAGUAGCUACAAGAACCACAUGGGAUAUUACCAGGGUGUGGCAAACACACAGAACUUCGGUAGCGCCUCUCUGGGGGGAAACGUCGUGCCGUGGGGCUGUGGCGGUCAGGGGGAGGACGGCUCGCUCACGUCUGUCCUGGCCGACGCAAACGCCAUUUACUAUAGUAACUCCAUGUGUACAGCAACAUGAUAGACCUGGAGUACUUUCCAUGUCAAUGUAAUAAGUAGGUCACAUAAAUACCAGUUUUACGUGUACACAGUUCCGAUAUAUGACUUUAGAUAUCCUACUCUUGCCUUGAGUCGUUUGGGCAAACGGCCCCAUCUUUUGUUAUUCUGAUAUACUUGCUACACGCAGGUUACAUGUUGCAGUAAAGAAAACGUACUAGUACAUGUAUAUAGAAAAUACCACUCCCUCCCGCGGACGCGAUAUGAAGUUGCAUUUACUUUUCUAGUACUCCAAAAAUUUAAUCUGAAUUUUAAAACACGCGAGGACAAAUGUAAGUCUUUCUAAAAUUGGAUUGUUUUGUCUUCUGUACUUACACACAACCACAACCAUUGAUUAAAGGGACAGGUGACGUCGUGUCACGUGAGCACAGUAAGUGAAGUCCGCAUGAGGACCUAGUCACGUUUUCGGUAGGCGCACAUGUUUGCAUACUUCAUGGUUUCUGACCUAAAACAACGAAAGUUACAUUUACUGAUAUUAUGAAGCUAUGUAUCCUUCAUGGAGGUGAUGAAAUUUCAACAUUCACAAGUUAAGGCCCUGUAGCAUUACUCUUAUGACCGUUUCAUUGUUGCAAGAAGUGUACAGAUGUAGCAAAUGUUCUCGUAUUUACUAAGAACUGACGGUAAAAAGCCAUUCGCUUUGGGAAAACACCCUUUGCUACACGCAGUGCAAAGUUCGUAGGAGACCAAAGUACGACCAAAUGUGAUUGGUGGAGGGAAGGGGGCAGCAAGUGACCUGCGGGGCAACGUACUUUAGCAUGUGCAAAUCUCUUAUCUAGAUGACCGCUAAUAAAAUAAAGUGAUGCGAUGUUAAGCUGUGUCCAAUGGCCCCAUGAACACAGUGGAACAGUUAAGUAUCGGGAGCGCAAAAAGGAAAGAUGUUGUAUUGGCCAGUAUCCCUGAUACAGUUUUUUUAACACAAAGAGCUGUUCAACAAACACCGGCACUUCAUGCUUAUACACAUACGUUGAUUAAGAUGUCGUACUAUGGAAAUGUUAGUUAUAUAUAUUUACCUUGAUCUAAAGCUGGAUGUACAUCUUUGAAUAACGGAGAAUUAAUGAAUGAUCGACCGAUUGGUGAAAAAUGAUGAUGGUUUAGAUUUAGAUUGUGAAUAUUUGAUUACGCAUUUUAUGAUCGCUGUAAAUAAUGCCUUAUGUAUACUCAUGUUGUACUGUUAAUAAGUAAAAAAUUGUGAAAGUCCUGGCACGACCAGGAGAUGUAUAAAUGAACAUUGCGACGGCUACUGUACAUGGUUGUAAGGUUUUAUAUUUCUUAUUAAAGUUUCAAUCUCUAUUGA